GAGUUGCAGAUUUGGGGAAAGGAGAUCUUCCUGAUUUGGUUAAUCUUCCUUUCUUGCUUCCUUUCCAGAGAACACAUGGCACACAUGCCAUGGACAAAUCAAACAUCCAUUAUCAAGUUCAUGCUCCUGGGAUUUGGGAACCCAAAAGAAGUUCAGAUUCUGCUUUUUGUGGUGUUUCUAGUGAUCUACAUUGUGACCCUGGCUGGGAACCUUCUUAUUGUUGCUCUAGUUGUGGCUGAUCAGCAGCUUCACACCCCGAUGUACUUCUUCCUGGGGAACUUGUCCUUCCUGGAGACUUGCUAUACCUCAGUCACUGCCCCCAGAUUGCUGGCUGGGUUCCUGGCAAAGGACAGAACAAUGUCCUUCAGCGACUGUAUCACACAAUUAUUUUUCUUUGGUGCUUUAGCUUGCAUUGAGUGCUUCCUCCUUGCAGUCAUGGCUUAUGACCGUUACUUAGCCAUAUGCAACCCACUCAACUAUAAUGUUAUAAUGAACCUCAAGGUCUGCCUUCAGCUGGUAUCUGCCUCCUGGAUAACUGGUUUCUCAGCCACUGCUUUAAUAGUGGGGAUGGUGCCUCAGCUAAGCUUCUGCAGUGCCAAUGAAAUUAAUAAUUUCUUCUGUGACAUGGAGGACCUGCUCAAAUUGUCCUGCACAAAAAGCCUCCUGGUAGAAAUGAUUGUUUUGGCGUCCUGCUCCCUGGUAACCCUGGCCCCUUUCCUCUUCAUCGUUGUGUCUUACAUUCUCAUCCUCUUGGCCAUCCUGCAAAUCGCCUCCUCUACAGGGAGGCAAAAGGCCUUUUCCGCCUGUGCCUCUCACCUGCUAGUGGUGAGUCUGUAUUAUGGGACCAUCAUUAUUAUGUAUAUGAUGCCAUCGUCAGAGUGGUCCCCAGUGUUACAUAAAGUUCUGUCUCUCAUAUACACGGUCAUCACUCCGAUGUUCAACCCCAUCAUCUACAGUCUGAGGAACAAAGAGGUGAAGGGGGCCUUCAGGAAAGUCGUGCUGCAGAAUUUAGGCAUGAUUUAG